CGCGUACGAGCCGUGAGCUGCGACUUGCAUCUUGGGAUGGGGUACAAACCCACAUUUCAGACCCCGCAUUGACGGGGCGUAGCUAGACCUCGAGCUUCAAGUACCACAAGUAUACAAGGAGCGCCCAAGUGGUCCCAACAAGGAACAAAGGCAAACCGCAUGAAAAGAGGUAGCACAUAGGACAGUGACACUGUAGCCCCAUCCCAUCAUGUCACCCCGCCUCCAAAACCGCAUCGCAAUCGUCACCGGCGCUGCCUCAGGCAUCGGCCGUGCCAUCGCCCUCCGCUACGCCGCCGAAGGCGCCAAAGUAAUCUGCGCCGACCUCACCGAGUCGACCUGGCGCAUCGACAGUCCCUCCGACGAGGCCCGCGACUCCACACACGCCCGCAUCGUGGCCUCGGGCGGGGAAGCCACCUUCAUCCAGUGCGAUGUCACAGAUCCCGCGUCCAUCGAGUCCGUCGUCAAGCAGACAGUCCAGCUGCACGGCCGGCUCGACAUCAUGGUCAACAACGCGGGUAUCGCGCCUGAGUCGUCAACCCCCGCGCCAAUAUGGGCGACGACGCUCGAGACGUACCACAAGACGCUGCGUGUGAACCUCGACGGUGUGUACUACGGCACGCGGGCCGCCGCCGCACACAUGAUCACGCAAGACCCCAUCAACUCGCACGGGGACAGAGGCUGGAUCCUGAAUGCGUGUUCCGUGUACGGGCUCGUGGGGUCGCGGCACGCAUCGGCGUAUGCGACGAGUAAAGGGGGUGUUGCAAAUCUCACGCGCAGUGCGGCGCUGGACUGCGCGCCGUAUGGCGUGCAUGUCAAUGCGGUGAAUCCGGGCUAUGUGAGGAGCCAUUUGACGGAUGCAGUGUUUCGGAGUGAGGACCCGGGGCUGAAGAAGGCGGUGGAGCAGAUCGAGGGGAUGCAUCCGCUGCAUGGGGUCGGAAAUCCGGAAGAUGUCACGGGGGCUUAUGUGUUCUUGGCGAGUGAGGAUGCGAGGUGGAUGACUGGGGUUAAUUUGGCUGUUGAUGGUGGUUUUACGGCACAGUAAUGUGGGAAGAACAAUAGCUUAAGCGAUAAUGCCUCCAGCUCCUGAUCAGACAUUCUCAGAGUCGUAACAAUUGUGAGAUGGCUUCUCCGAUCCACGGAUCGCGACAAUCUCCGUAUCACCACAUGUUCAAAAACAAUCCUAGGACCGUCCCUGAGAGCCAUCAUGACUCUCCCAGAUUCUUGAAUUCCCUGUGCGAGCUGCGCCAUUCCUAUUGUCUCUUCAAAGGCCAACAUCGUCUCAUUAGAACUUGUCU